AUGCCUGUCAUGACGGGUGACGCCCAGGACAGCAGCUGCGGCGCACAAUGGACUCUGGCCCAAAGACUGCGCUCCCGCAGAUUCAUCGGCCAAGAUGCCGUUACCGCCAUCCACGGACGAAAGCUGCCUCUCCACCCCGGGAGGCACCUGUUGCGAUUCAGUAUUGUCCGCGGCAUACGGCAUCACCUUGAGUUUGCCACGGGGGAGGCUGCUGUCUUGAAGGGACUUUUGCCCGCCUUUACCGCUGCCAUCAACGCCAGACUCAUCAUGAGCAACCGGAUCCCAGAGACGAAGGACUCGCGAGAAAUGCCGUAUUGCAUUUGGCAUCCCAACGUGCCCUCGGAGGAGACUUUGCGGCAAAGUUGCGCCGUCGCGGGCUACACGGCGCUGCACAAAUCUCUGGAUAUUCUGCCAGAGGUCGCCAUCGCAGAGGAGGCACGCGAGAGCGGCAGCCUGGAGAUAUUCGAGCACAUCAUGAAGCAGCUGGUAAAGUGGAAAGUGUUUGACGACUACACCGGCACGCUCUCGGCACCAACGCCUUCUCCCCUGAAUGGCGAUACUGUGGUGCGCAGAGAACUCGACUACACGCAAGGCUUCCGGAAGCCAUCUGGACGCAUUCACAGCUAA